UCCCGCGCCGUGUUUUGCGAUACUGAAGCCGAACGUUACAUUUAUCGUGUUUUAUUAGCUUUUGUUGCACAUUUAAUCAGAAAUGGAGGCGUUGAACCAGCUUCUGCUGGAGUAUCCUGAAAUAAUGUACAGUGGAGUCGGAGCUACGGCGUCGAUCGCCGUCGGGGCGCUGAUAUACAAAAUUGCCACCAGAAAGAAGCCAUCCCACGCAGAUGUGAACUGCUGGUUUUGUAAUCAGAAUUCUGUGGUGCCCUUUGGGAACAGGAACUGCUGGGACUGUCCCAAUUGUGAUCAAUACAAUGGUUUCCAGGAGAAUGGGGAUUACAACAAACCCAUCCCAGCUCAGUACAUGGAGCAUCUUAAUCACGGAGUCUCUGGUAGCCUUCCCUCGACAACCAAGAUACAGCAAGGGGUUAACAGUCAGAUGCUCUUGUGCAGAAAGUGCAAUAAGAACCAGACCGUCGUAGUAAAGCAGUUGGCCUCUUUUGCUCCACGGGAUGAUGAGAACUACGAUGAGGAAAUUGAGGCUUACAAGCACCACCUGGAGCAGACCUAUAAGUUAUGUAGGCCGUGUCAGACGGUGGUAGAAUACUACAUCAAAUAUCAAAAUCGUCAACUUCGAAACAGGCUCCUAAACCAUCCGCUUCGACGCAGCGGAGAAUCGGACAAGGGCUUCAUAAAGAGCUCCUAUUCUGCAUCUUCGCCCACUGGGGUCAUACUGUUACGGACCCUUGCUUUCCUGAUAUGUACUUUCCUAGUGGCUACAUCUUUGUAUGACUUCCCAUACCAGCUUACAUCACUUGGGGGCCCACAGACAUUAAGUGGUGGGGUCAUUCCUCCGAAGCUUACACCUCACAAUGAGUCCAGCCCCAAUAACCAAAGCAGUGGAGACGUGCCUGUAUGGCAGGAGCUGCUGGGGCUGCUCCCAGACAAGGUCGUAGAAAAUGCGCUGUUGUUUUGGCAGCAUGGAAAGAGCAACCCGUUGGCUGUAGUCUCCGUUGGCCUGCUGACCUGUCUUACUGCUAUCUUCUUAGCUGGACUUGUUAGGUUGAGGAGAAUUGACGCCGUAGCCUCCGUCCUGUGGUUCCUCAUCCUGUGCCUCCACCUGGCCGAGAGCUACUUGACCGAUACCUCGGACUGGAUAGACACAGCCAAGCUUGGUACCGUCUCCCUAUGUUGCCUAGUCAGCUUGGCUGCUGCUGUGGCAACUCGCAAAACGCUGGGUCCAAGAAGAGCCAGAUAUCGAAGAUGCCUCGCGGGCAGCGCCGCCGGCCCCUCCUCCAGCAGCCCGCCUCCUUCCCUCCCUCAGGACUCGGCCGACUCCUUCGUCCUGAGCCCGCCACCCAACCUCUUCAAGCUCCUCCACUGCCAACAGAGUCCUCACGAGCGCAAGGCUUCCCCCACCUCGCUGCCUGGGCGCCUCAGCAGAGCCCUGUGCCUCGGCACCACGCCGUCCCUCAACAGGACCGAUUCUGGUUACCUGUUCAGUGGAAGCAGACCAGCCUCACAAUACAAAGACUCCCCGCCCUCAGAUUACUUUUCACUGAUGUCUGGGAGCCGCCCAUCGUCCCCCGGACCCUCUCCCACUCCUUCAGUAGCCGGGUCAGUGACGUCCAGCACAGGCUCUGCCAUACAGCGGCGCCCCCUCAUCAGCCCCGCUCGCCUCAACAUCAGUGGGCGGAAACUCCGGCUUUUCUCGACGGAGCCAGAACCCACGCUCAUGUCCCCAUCAGUGUCUUCGUCACAUUUCCAUGUGAAGUCGGCGUCGUCCAUUUACAGUGGCUGCUUUUCAUCUGACAUAUCGCCCUUCCAAAGCCAAAAUGAUUUGAGUUCUUUUUUGAGGGACGGCAGUGUGAUUGAAGAGAGAGAGAGGCGAGGCAGCUCCUCGGAGUCUUCCGCAUGCCUAGUUGGCACUACUACCCAGGGACCUGAGAACAGCCCUCCUCCUAAAGGUUUGAUGAAGCGUCUCAUCUGGCCGGGCCUCUUGUUGGUCAGCUUGACCUCCAACCUGUGUUUCGCCGGCCUCUACGUGUUCUACAACUGGAGAUGAACUGUGGAUGGACGGGUCUGCUGCUGUUCUCACACGACCUGCACAGAGUGAGUUGGCCUCUGGCCUUUGACAACCAUGACCUCUGUGGACCUGGAGGUCGUUAAGCAAUGUCAGGAAACGUCACAUCUCUGCCUGCUACUUGUUGUUUGCUGGUGCCGAGAAAAGGGCAGAUGUCAGCUGACCGAUCUUCAACCGUGUUCCUCCCUUUUGCCGUUUGCUUGGAGUUGCAAGAGAAUUGAGUGGCGAAAUCAAAUCGUACGCAUUUUGAUUUAAUGUGAUUAAAGAUUUUUGGGGGCGGUGGGGUCUUUUGGUUUGUCACCCCUCCUCUUACGUUAAGACGGAGGCACAUGUGUAAUUGAUUUUAAAAGGCUUAGUUUUUGCACUGAUGCUCAAAUAUGUGCACUAAACAUGUGCUGUUCAGUUGCUGCUGCUUGGAGGCAGAGGUCCAUGCGUUACCUACUGAUGCUGAUGCUGUGUUAGUCUAUUAGUGCAUCACUUCUACAAACUGAAUCACAUUGUUGGUUCUCUACAAUAACCAAAGCUCAACUUUAAAAAGCAGGUUGUGUUUUGCAUCUUUGAAGUUUGUAUACAGAUGUUUACUUUGUAACAUUAUUAUUUCACAGUACUGAUGUUUGCCAUUGUCAAAGAGUGGUGUGUCGAACUAUCCAAUGUUUUAUAAUACAGUUUACAGUCAAUAAUUGCAUGGUCUUUUAUAUCGUGUUCCAAGGUGACACAUGUCCCAACCAUUCACUACAAGAGAGAUUCUCUUUCACCAACCCGUUCAUUGUGCCGGUAUCUCUUAUAGUUCUCUUGUUCCCAGGAUGCAAGGGGGGGGAAAUCGGAAAGUCGAGUGCAAAUAUAUAUUUUAAAAACGUGUUCACAUUUACAAAAUGUUUGCAUAAAAAUGACAGAGGUUUAGAUUAACGUCUAACUGAGCUGUAAACUAAUUUAUAGACAUUUUCAGGCCACUUUGUAAUCCUAGCAAAGUAAUCUGAUUUCAAUGUCCACUUUUUGUGUUUGGUUGUGGUUUGAUGAUUUGAUUUGUAGUUGUUCUUUUUAGAUUUGAAGUGUGUAUGUUGAGUUACGCAGAAGUUGUACAUUUUAGACAUGCAAGAUGUUUCUAAACACGUUGGUUGUGUUGCUGCUUGUGUAAAAGUGUCUGGCUCUCCGGUCUUUAUUUUUUACUUGUUCAGUCUUUUAUUGUUGAAUGACCCUGCACUUGAUUUUAGACGGGAAUCAUUUUGACCACUUUGUUUGAAUUAGUAGGUCAUGUGUUCUCAGACAGUCUAAUUUGAAUGUGUAGUCAUUUAAAGUGUGUAUGUGAAGCUCUUAUCUUGAUCCAAAGUAAUAAUGAAACUAUCCUCAAAUGAUUUUGGUUCUUCAAUCAUUAACACAAUAUACAGUACGCCAAUACCCACAAAUAUUACUAUGAUUAAUGUUAAUGAUUAGAAAGAAAAUGCAUCUCAAGAAAUGUUUCCAAUUAAAUGAAAGACUAUAGGUUUUUAAAGUAAAAAAAUCACAGGCAUCAAGUUAUAAUUAUUGUUGUAUAGGAUGGGUGUUUUAAAUCUAAUAAAAAGCCACAGUCUAGGCUCCAGAGGGACUCGGAGCUCUAAAAAACAUCUUGUGUUUCUAAGUCCUGAGUCCAAAAUGAAUGAAUACGGGUUGCCGGGUCUUGGUUGCAACAUUGACAAGUGAGGAAAUCCCACUCCUGGACAUAUUUAAUAUUGAAACUGUGUUUUGUGGACAAUGUCCUGAUUCCAUCUGAGAUCUUCUCACCAAGGUCUUCCUCCCAUUUUCACUGAGAUGCUCCAAGGAGGCUGACGCCACCGACGGUGGUACAUCACAGUUCUGGAGUUGCUCAAUCGGGCCUUUAUGAAUACCGUCCACCAAAAAAAAAAAAUGAAGUUGUGUUUUCAUCCUUAUAUUGUCGGCCUUUGGUGCCAUGAUGUGAUAGUUAUGAUUCCUGAUUGACUGAAUGAUGUCAUUUUGUCGUGUGACGUGAUUGAUCUACCGGCAUAUUGAAGAAAUGCUCCUAUUGUUUUGUAAAGAAACCCGAUGAAGGCCUAUGAACCUCAACGAUGUCACUGAAUAUGAUGAGACAAGUGAAGCAGACGGUGUGCUGAGCUUAAGAACAGAGGAAAUUGUUCUCUCGUGGAAUGCCAAAUCAUCUGACUAUCUGGGAGAAAGCAACAUGGGAAUAUUGUUUUUGAAGACGGCUGUCACGUUGCUCAGGCUACUUCUGGACAAUAAUGAGCUGAACUAAUGUAACUUAAGUUUCUGAGAACUAAAUGUGCUACUGAGAGACCUACAUGGCGGGGAGUUGUCUUACAAUGAAUACUAUUUUAAAGUAUUGUAACCAUUUGACGUUCUGUAUACAGACUGGUGCAUUUGCUGUGAGCGUGUUUGUGUGUGUAUAUAUAUAUAUACUGAAGAAGGUUGUCAUUGAACCAUGUGUAUAUUGAAAUUUAAAUGUUCAUUCAACAAAAUUGAGUUUCCUAAAAGAGACAAAACUUUUUUUCAGUUUACAUUUAUUUUUGCAUUUCUUUGUCAAGUGCAAUGCAAGUAGGUUGUGAUUUUCCUCCGGACGUCACAUCACUUUUAUGUCGAAUCAAAGGUCCAUUUCAGACUCUGUAACAAGAAGUAAAGAAAAGCAAAUGUUUGUCUGCAGCAGCUGUUUAUGUGAAUAUAAGGAACAGCAUGGACUCGUUUCAUCUGGACCCGUACGUCUUUAAUAAAGUAUUAAUGAUUCA